GUGACGUGCGUUUGACGUCACCGGGCAUCCAUUGCAGUUGCGGCGCACAUGUGAGCUUUAGCUGAAAUCUUUACAUUUGACAAUGCCCGAAACUAACAACAAACCUAGCGGAACGUUUAUAUGUUCGUUUCCCGACUGUCAAGCGUCGUACAACAAGGCGUGGAAACUAGAAGCGCAUCUGUGUAAACACACAGGAGAGAGGCCCUUUAAAUGCGAGUAUGAUGACUGCAGCAAAUCAUUCUGCACGAAGUAUCAUCUCGCUCGUCAUACGCUGACACAUACCGGCGACAGACCGUACAGAUGCACGGAGGACAGGUGCAAUGCAGGAUUCACCACAAACGCCAACCUGAAGAAACACGUUUCACGUAUUCACAGACAGGAGACUAAACAGUACACUUGUACGUUUGAAGGAUGCAGCAGGGCGUUCAAGAAAAAUAGCCAGCUGAAGACUCACGAGUGUACACACACCCUCCUCCUGCCGUACCUAUGUUCUUAUGAAGGCUGCGAGAGACGAUUCUCACAACAGGCUAAACUGAAACGGCAUGAGAAAGUACACCAAGGGUAUUCCUGUACGGCAGAGGGCUGCACGUUUGUGGCGAAGAACUGGACCGAGAUGACGAAGCACAAGAAACUUCAUAAGGUCAAAGUACAGUGCGACGAGUGUAAGAAAAUGUUCAGAGAUGCCUGGUUCCUGCGGCACCAUCAGCGCGUUCAUUCUGAAGAACGUGUGGUGUUCCACUGUCCCAGAGAUGGAUGUACACGCUCGUACACGACCGCCUUUAACCUACAAAGCCACAUUCUGUCCUUCCAUGAAGAUCAGCGCUUAUUCAUCUGCUCUCAUCCCGUCUGCGGCAAAUCCUUUUCCAUGAAGCAAAGUUUAGAACGCCAUACCGUGGUUCAUGACCCUCAAAAGAAGAAACAGAAAAAGCCCUGCCCAAAACGCUCUCUGGCAUCUCGUCUGAGCGGCCACAAACCAAACAAGAAGCGUCAAACCCAAACAUCAUCAUCAAAUGAAGCAUCAGUGCCACAGGUUGGCCAGUCAGAGACCAGUACAAAACUUAAACAAGUUAAUGAAACAGAUUCCGGAAGUCAGGCGACCGGAAAAUCAGACGUCACAGAAUCAAAGAGUUUAACAAGUUUACUAACCAUUCCAUCGAAAUCUAACUGUUCUGAACUCACUGUACAUCCGGUGGUUCACCUUUUAGAGCCCCUCUUGUUGUAG